ACCACUCUUAUAUACACAACAAUCUCGCCCUUUUUCACAUAUCACCAUUCCAGGUUUCUCAAUUCUUCUACUUUAUGGCCCUUGUUUCAUUCAGUCAAAUUAACUGUCAAGAUGAGCUAUGAAAAGGAUUUUGUAGGACUUGGUUAUAGUUAUUUGGAAGGCAACUGUUAGUUUAAGAAUUAAGACUCACUUCCAUGGCGUGGCUUAGACCUGGAUCAUGUGUGGCAAAGCUUGCGCUAAGGAGAAGUCUUGUUCGGCGUGGUUGUUAUAUAAGAACAUGUGUCGAUCCUGGAAAAAAUCGGUAUUUUCAUACCACAGUUGUUAAAUUAAAGGACCAAGAUGCACCUGUUCCUCGAUCUGUUCCACUCUCCAAGUUGACGGAUAGCUUUUUAGAUGGGACGAGUAGCGUCUAUUUAGAAGAGCUCCAAAGGGCUUGGGAAGCCGACCCGAAUAGUGUAGAUGAUUCAUGGGACAAUUUCUUCAGAAAUUUUGUUGGUCAAGCAACCACAUCAUCUGGGGUUUCCGGGCAAACAAUUCAAGAAAGCAUGAGAUUGUUGUUGCUUGUCAGAGCUUACCAAGUUAAUGGCCAUAGAAAAGCUAAACUGGAUCCCUUGGGUUUAGAAGAGAGAGUGAUUCCUAUUGAUUUAGACCCUGGUCUUUAUGGAUUUAGCAAAGAUGAUUAUGAUCGGGAAUUUUUCCUUGGCACUUGGAGAAUGUUAGGAUUUUUGUCAGAGAAUCGUCCAGUGCAAACACUUAGAUAUAUAUUGUCACGGCUUGAGCAAGCAUAUUGUGGAAGCAUUGGUUAUGAAUACAUGCACAUUGCUGAUCGUGAAAAAUGUAAUUGGCUGAGAGACAAGAUUGAGACUCCUGCCUCAACCCAAUACAACAAGCAGCGACGUGAGGUUAUCCUUGAUAGGCUUAUUUGGAGUAGUCAGUUUGAAAACUUCUUGGCAACUAAGUGGACUGCAGCCAAACGUUUUGGGCUCGAAGGUGGUGAGACCUUGAUUCCUGGCAUGAAGGAGAUGUUUGAUCGCGCUGCAGAUCUCGGGGUGGAGAGUAUCGUCAUUGGAAUGUCUCAUAGAGGACGACUGAAUGUUUUGGGUAAUGUUGUGCGAAAGCCACUUCGCCAGAUUUUCAGUGAGUUUAGUGGUGGCACAAAGCCAAUUGAUGAAGUUGGGCUUUACACUGGAACUGGUGAUGUAAAGUAUCACCUGGGAACCUCUUAUGAUCGACCAACUAGGGGUGGUAAAAAUUUACAUUUAUCAUUGGUUGCAAAUCCAAGUCAUUUGGAAGCUGUGGAUCCCGUCGUGGUUGGAAAAACUAGAGGAAAGCAAUAUUAUUCUAAUGAUGUUGACAGGACAAAAAACAUGGGUGUCUUGAUUCAUGGUGAUGGUAGCUUCGCGGGGCAGGGUGUCGUUUAUGAGACCCUUCAUCUGAGUGCUCUUCCAAAUUACACUACGGGUGGGACUAUUCAUAUCGUGGUAAAUAAUCAAGUUGCUUUUACUACUGAUCCAAAGUCCGGAAGAUCUUCACAGUAUUGUACAGAUGUUGCUAAAGCGUUGGAUGCCCCUAUUUUUCAUGUCAACGGUGAUGAUAUAGAGGCGGUCGUUCAUGUAUGUGAGCUUGCAGCAGAAUGGCGGCAGACAUUUCAAUCAGAUGUCGUGGUUGAUAUAGUGUGCUAUCGACGAUUUGGACACAAUGAGAUUGAUGAGCCAUUCUUCACUCAGCCAAAAAUGUAUAAGGUCAUUCGCAGCCACCCCUCACCGCUUGAGAUUUAUCAAAAAAAACUUUUAGAAUAUGGGCAUGUCACAAAACAAGACAUUGAAAGGAUACAAAACAAGGUUAACACUAUUCUUAAUGAAGAAUUUAUUGCGAGCAAAGAUUAUGUUCCAAAGCGAAGGGAUUGGUUAUCAGCUUAUUGGGCUGGGUUUAAGUCUCCUGAACAAGUUUCACGUAUACGAAAUACUGGGGUAAAUCCAGAGAUACUAAAGGAUAUCGGGAAAACGAUAACGAUUCUUCCGGAUAAUUUUAAGCCUCAUAGAGCAGUGAAAAAGAUUUUUUCAGAUCGUGCUAAGAUGAUAGAGACAGGGGAAGGCAUUGACUGGGCAGUUGGGGAAGCACUUGCUUUUGCAACACUGCUUGUAGAAGGAAAUCAUGUUAGACUAAGUGGUCAAGAUGUUGAGCGAGGAACCUUUAGUCAUCGCCAUUCUGUUCUUCAUGAUCAAGAAACAGGAAAGAAAUAUUGUCCAUUAGACCACGUUAUAACCAAUCAGAAUGAGGAGAUGUUUACUGUGAGCAACAGCUCUCUUUCUGAGUUUGGUGUACUGGGAUUUGAAUUGGGAUACUCUAUGGAAAAUCCAAAUUCUUUGGUAUUAUGGGAAGCUCAGUUUGGUGAUUUUUCCAAUGGUGCACAAGUGAUGUUUGACCAAUUUCUGAGCAGCGGGGAAGCUAAGUGGUUGCGUCAGACUGGUUUGGUUGUCCUCCUACCACAUGGUUAUGAUGGUCAAGGUCCUGAACAUUCAAGUGCACGUCUGGAACGAUUCCUUCAGAUGAGUGAUGAUAACCCCUUUGCAAUACCAGAGAUGGAUCCCACACUUAGGAAGCAAAUCCAAGAAUGUAAUUGGCAGGUUGUAAACGUCACCACCCCUGCAAAUUAUUUCCAUGUGUUGAGACGUCAAAUACAUAGGGAAUUUCGUAAACCUUUAGUUGUGAUGGCUCCAAAGAACUUACUUCGUCAUAAAGAGUGCAAAUCAAAUCUAUCAGAGUUUGAUGAUGUACAAGGGCACCCGGGUUUUGACAAACAAGGUACCCGUUUCAAGCGCCUCAUAAAGGACCAGAAUCAUCACUCAGAUCUUGAGGAGGGUAUCAGACGCUUCAUUCUUUGUUCCGGAAAGGUAUACUAUGAACUUGAUGAAGAGAGGAAGAAAUCUGAUGGCAAAGAUGUUGCUAUAUGUCGUGUGGAACAACUUUGUCCGUUCCCAUAUGAUCUCAUCGAGCGUGAACUAAAACGUUAUCCAAAUGCUGAGAUUGUCUGGUGCCAGGAAGAGCCAAUGAACAUGGGUGCAUACAAUUACAUUGUACCACGCCUUUCUACUGCUAUGAAAGCACUCAGUCGAGGUACAACGGAUGAUAUCAAAUAUGUUGGUCGUGCUCCCUCUGCUGCCACAGCCACUGGUUUUUAUUCUGUUCAUGGCCAAGAACAGACAGAACUUGUUCAAAAAGCCUUGCAAUCUGAGAGAAUUGAGACUUACAUCCACACUUAGCAAAGCAUCAAAUAUUACUUCUCAGAAAAUAUAGUAUAAAUAGCCUAAUUGAUUACCUAAGAAGGCUCUUAAGAUAAAAUUGUUGGGUAUAAUGAUAGAAACUUACAAGUCAGAGUUCUUACAUAAAGAUAAGGGUAUGUUCCUCAGUAUAUAAAAUUUCUUUUAUACUAGUAAGAAUAAAGCAACUUCAUGGUUACAUGUUUCU